AUGGACGGAAGAGCCAAGCAAAGUACAAUGCUAAGGAACUCCUACCACAAUGACAAGCCAAGCUGUGUUAACAUAAAAGUUAUUGUUCGCUGUAGACCCCUAAAUGAAAAGGAGAAAAAUGACGUAAAUAACGAGGAGGUGGUCAAAAUAAAGGGCAACGAAGUGAUCUUAACGCUGAACAGGAAUAAUGAGAUUUAUGAGAAGAAGUACAGCUUCGACUAUGCCUGCGACAAGGACGUGGAUCAGAGAACCUUGUUUAAUAAUUAUGUCUUCCGAAUAGUCGACGAGGUCCUCGAAGGGUUCAACUGCACGCUGUUCUGCUACGGGCAGACGGGCACGGGCAAAACGUACACCAUGGAAGGGAAGAUCCUGGAGCAUUUGAAGCAUAAUGAGAGUAAGAAGAUCGACCUAAACGACAGCAUUAACAGCGACAUAAAUUACUACUACGAAUUGUGUGACAGUGAUGACACGGGCAUUAUUUUCCGCGUCGCAAAGAGGAUUUUCGAUAUUCUAAAUCGGAGGAAGGAGUACAAGUCGACGAGGUUAGUAGGGGGGGAAGAACAGGAAGACAUUGCGUGGCGCCGCAGUAGUUGCGUCAGUGAGGGGGAGCAAGUCCACACGGGAGUAAGAACCCUAGAGGGGAGUGUUCCCCAUGGGGAGAUCGACCCGUCCCCACCGAAGGGCAUGUCCACACGUGGGUCUGCACAAAAAAGUGAUCUGUUCGAUCCACAGGAGGAAAAGAAGGAAGGGAGCAACGCAGGGGAUAUAUACAACGUGGAGAAAAGCUCCUACGAUUUCGUCAUAAAAGUGAGCUACCUAGAGAUAUACAAUGAAGAGUUGUGUGACUUGCUCAGUACGUCUAGCGAAUCCAACAAGUUAAAGAUCUACGAAGACACAACGAAUAAAAACAAAGGGUUAAACGUAGACAAACUGGAGGAAAAGUGCAUAAACUCGUUCGAAGAAAUUUAUUACCUAAUCUGUUCAGCUGUUAAGAAAAGAAGAACCGCCGAAACUUCGUACAAUAAAAAGUCCAGCAGAAGCCAUUCAAUUUUUACCAUCACCCUGAUCAUGAAGGACCUAAACAAUGACGGAGAGAGCAUUACCAAAAUAGGGAAGCUCAACUUAGUCGAUCUGGCUGGUAGCGAAAACGCAUUGAAAAGCUCCUAUGGGAAUUUAAAAGUCAGACAACAGGAGAGUUGUAAUAUUAAUCAGUCUCUGCUAACUUUGGGUAGAGUUAUUAAUGCGCUUAUAGAGAACUCGUCGUAUAUUCCAUAUAGGGAUUCUAAGCUGACUAGACUGUUGCAAGACUCCCUAGGAGGGAAGACGAAAACGUUCAUCGUGGCCACCAUUUCUCCUUCCUCUCUCUGUAUUGACGAAACGCUAAGCACACUAGACUAUGUCUUCCGAGCGAAAAAUAUUAAGAACAGACCAGAGAUAAAUGUGAAGACAACGAAGCAGUUAAAAAUAAAAGACCUAAACAACGAAAUAGAAAAGUUGAAAAAUGCACUAAAUUUGAGUAGGGAAAAAAGAGGAGUCUACCUCGAUAAUGAGGAAUACAACAACAUACAAAACAGUCUGAAAAAGAACAGAGAAAUAUUACUACAAAAGGAGAAGAUCCUCUUUGAAAAGAGUAAAAAAAUUAAAACCCUUUUGAAUAAAAUGGACUACACGGAUGACGUGCAGAAUCAGAUUGUGCAUUUGCUUAAGGACGUCCUAUCCAAAUGUAGGAACAUCCAACUGGUUCACGACAUUUUGAUAAACAAACUGUCGGAGGAGAAAUGCGUCACCAGGUUCCUCCUAGCAGAGUUCCACCACACACAGGGGGAAUACCAGCAGCACGUCAAUCUGCUCGCCCAGACGCAGAAGAAGAUCUCCUCCUUGUUCCGAGAAACCGUCUCCAACUUCAGGAGGAGGAAGAACCAAGAUUUCUCCACGCUGAGGGAGGUUUGUAGCGUCAUCACGACCGUGCUUGGGAAGGCCAAAGAGGACAUGGCUCAGGGGAAGGAGGUCAUCAUGAAAUCACUUGACCACUUGGAACGACUAAACAGGGAUACGGUUCUGCGUGAGAACAAUCUGCUUAGUUUUCUCCUCGACAAGGUGGACGCAAUGCAGAAGCAUGACGAGAAUUGUUUUGUCCAGUUGGGGGAAAUCACGCAAGAGUUCCUAUCCUGCAGGGUGGACCUGACGGAGGUAACAAAUCAGCGGAAUGAUUACCCCGAGUGGGAGGAUCCAUCGGGGGAGACUCCCCAGUCGGACCGCCAAAAAGCAGUGACCAUGAUGACCACGCUGCGAGAUCUAGCACAGUGCGAUGAAGCGAGGGAAGUACUGAGCCAAGUCGACAAUUAUUAUUCCACCGAAGGAAGUACAAUCAAGCAGACCGUCCAGAACAUGCAAAACGUAAGUCACCUACUACACCUAUAUUUAAAGCAUUCAUUUGAAGAGUUAAAAAAAGACAUGAAAAAAAAAAUAGAGACACUAAAUGAAGAAAGGGAAAAGCUAGCCAAAUUGGUGGAACAGCUACGAAGAGACUAUGAAUCCUUCGAGGCCAGUUUAAACAAACGGAAGGAAAAAAUUGUGGAGACGUAUAGAACUAGCAUCAGGGAAGAUAUGGACCUUUUUCAAAGUCGACUAAUGGAGGAGGUCAAAACAGUGAUCCAAAGGAAUAUGAACCAAAUGGAUGAAACAAUAAAUAGGAAGCUACAUUUGUUGUCUAGCCAGCUGCACGAAGAAUCGAAAAAUAAAUUUAAAAAAAUCAUUACCCAGUCGGUAAGUACUUUGGAGGAGUUUUUUUUAAACCAUGAGGAACGAUGCGAUAGACACCAUGAGGGUUACCUCCACGAAGCUGACCUGGUGUGCGAAAAAGUAAACUCCUACUAUGAGCAUCUGGAUGGUGUCUUCACAGAGGUAGGCAACCGAUUUACUAAUGAGAAAAGAAAAAUGGAGAGGAACGUGCAAAACGUUACAGACACGUAUAGAAACAUUAUCCAGGGGAACAACGAAGCUAUUGAAAGGAUUGCAAACCUGCUUGAGGUCAACACAACGAAUAGUAAGAAAGACAAAGAGGUGCUUUACAAUGAUAUGUCGAAAGCAGUUUUACUCGAAAGGGACGAACUGCACGAUGGGGAGAAGCAGGCAAAUGAAUUAACCGUGAGACACAUGGAAGAGGUUAACCUGUGUAAUAGCAACUAUGGGGAACACCUCCAUAAAUGUAACUCAUACGUUGGGGAACUGUUACAACGAUUUUGUGAAAAUGAAGCAGACCAGGAUGAUGAAUGCGUGGCACUUCCCAGUUUGGAUGCCCCCGUCCAGUAUGAAGGGAAGGACAUUCAAACGGAAAUUGAAAGGGUGCGUUCCUACGCUAGUGAGAGUUUCGCCCAUUUGGGUGAUGCCACAUCGGGUGAUGCUACAUCGAGUGAGGCGAAUAUGCAUGGCGUAGACCCCCCCGGUAAUGCCUGCGUGAGGGCGGAUUUACCAGAUAGUUGUUGCCAUCCCUACGCCGACCUUCACUACAACCACGUGAGGGAAGAAGUCCUGAAGGAAAUGGAAGAUGUCUCCGUCCAAAAAAACAUAAACUUUAAAUGCCUCUUCGAUAAAAUUGAGGAAAAUUUAAGUCUUAUCCUUAGUGAGAACAACUUUGCACGACACGGACGUGGGAGUAUGGAGCUCUCCAGGGGGGACACCAUCAUACCACUUCCUGCCUCUCGUCCUACUGCUUUACCAGUAGUACCACCUCCCAUUUCAGUUUCUCCCCCUCAUGUGAGUGACGUCCUUCCUACAACCGGCCAUGGUAACACCACUCCGUCUGCACCAACUGGAAAUGUCUUACGAAAAGGGACAACCCUUGAACUGAGUCAGAAGAAAGCAAGUGAUUUAUUCCCUACAACUGAUGCAGAAGCAGAUUUGGACAGUGGAAGCUCGAAGAUCCUUUCAGACUGCACCAGGAAGAGGAACAAAAGCAUCGAAACUGUAACGGGGCGGAAACUGUGCUUCACGUCCAAUGAGCUGAGGAAUCCCAGUGCGAAAAUAAAGUCGAUCGGAAAUAGCGGGGGUUCCAGAAAGAAUUCCCCGGCCCCGAAGAAACUCAAGGAGGACGCUUACAAAGGCAGGGGCAUCAAGUUCCUUCGCAAAUCGGAGAAUUAG